AUGACGGAUAAUGGCGAGGUUCAUUUUGUGCUCCGUGCGGAGGGGUGUAUUCACUCCAGCGAUGUGCGACACGUGUCGUGCUCCAGCGGGGUGCUUCUCACUGCGUCGCGUGACAACACCGCCAUGAUACUCCCAGAGCAACCUCCCAAUGACACCAUUAAAUCCGGUCUUGUGUUGGUAGGCCACACUGCAUUUGUGAACUUUGUUACCUUUCAUCCCUUCAUGACGCUUCUUGAUGGUGAGUCCUGCAUUGUCACGGGCAGCAAUGAUAAGCACGUGGCGUUGUGGAACCCCGUGACUACGGCGCUUGAGGCAGUUCUGGAUGGCCAUGCGCAUGGUGUCUGCUGCGGUGUUGUGAUGUUACCAAACUCUGGUGACAUUGUGACGGGCGAUUGGGGUGGUAUGUGUAUCGUGUUUGACAGUACAACAGGCGGCGUGAAGCAAAAUUACACCGGACACAAGACGGCGGUGCGGGCUGUUGCUCAGUUGCCAGGAACGAGCAGCGUUGUGUCUGCCUCUGGCGACAAAACGAUCCACCAGUGGGAUGUGGAGACAGGGGCGACGCUGUCGGUUUUUGUUGGCCAUGAAGACGUCGUGCAAUGCAUCUGCGCAAUGAGUGCAACCCGUUUUGCCACAGGGGGAAAUGAUGCAACUAUCAUGAUUUGGGACACUGAGACGGGCACCACCCCACUCCGCCUCUUGACAGCGCACGACAGUCUAAUUUACGCCCUCUGUUACUGCCCAACACGGCAACUGUUGUUUUCCGCCUCAGAAGAUCGAUCGUUGAAGGUGUGGCAGGGCGGCGUGCUGGAUUUGGCCUCGUCGAACACGCAGACGGAAAGUGUUGUCAUACAGAGCAUCAACCAUCCAUGUGUGGUGUGGUCCGUUUGUUUCACAAGUACAGGCGACAUUGUGACUGGCGGUUCUGACGGCGUCGUGCGCAUGUGGACGGCAGACGAUGAAAUGAUGGCAUCUGUGGAGAAGCUGCAGACACUUGAGGCCGCUGUGGCCGCCCAAACAAUUGACGUCAAAGUUCUCACCGUUGCCGGGAUUGACACAGCGUCAAUGCUUUCGGUGGCUGAUCUGCGGUUUCGUAAAGGGACGCAUCAGGGUGAACGUCUCAUUGCUCGCACAGAGGCAGGCACAAUUGAGGUUUAUGCCUGGAACUGCGGUCGUUGGGACAAAGUGGGGACUGUUGUUGAGGGGCCGCAAGGGCAGGCAUUUACAGGCGCAGCGCAGCCAAGAGAAAAGAAGUACCUGAACGGCGUGCCGCACGAUUAUAUCUUUGAUGUGGAUGUGAAUGGAAAAAUGCUCAAACUUUCGUACGACAAAGGCCAGAGCAUCUUUGAGGCCGCGCAGAACUUUAUAAAUGAAAAUCGCACCCUCGUGUCCCAAUCGCACAGGGAGGAGAUACAAAAUUUUAUUCUAAACAACGUUGAUCCCAGAGACAUUCAGCCGGGAACAGGAACCGCCAACGCGGUGACAGGAGCAGGCAAUCAUGCUUCUGCCUCUGCCUCUGCCGCUGUUGGUGGGGGCGGCGGGGAGCCGGUAUUCUCUGAAUACGCCCGCGAGGCCGCGGCAUUGCAGCAAGCCGGUGUCUCAACCACCCCAACUUGGGGAGAGGCGCUGCGCAAUAUGGAAACGGUGGGGGCGUCUAGAAGUGACGUUGCCUUUUCAGGUUAUGCACGGGAAGGGCUAUUGCUUGAGCAAGAAGCGGCACGGCGAGCAGGAGCGCCUCCGGCCACAGCGGAGGAAGCAAACCGCAGUAUCGUCAGAUGGAACAACCAUAAACGCUUCACAUCGUAUAAUGCAGCCGGGGCAAAGAAGAAGAUUGAUGAGUUGACGGGUAACACGCGGCUCAGUGCUUUGGUGGAGCGGGUGGUAACAGCGGCCGAGGGGGAACCAAACAGCGCCCUCCUGGACGAUAUUGCGGCGUUGUACCACGAAUUGCCCGAGGCCUCUCGUUUCCCUGCACUGGACCUGCUCAGCCACCUCCUUGCUGUUACAGUGCGUCCGUUUGGUUGGCUGCAGCUGCUUUUGUCGGAUGACGGCAACGGAGGGGAUGCACCCAAUGCACGAGCGUUUUUUGAGGAAUGCAUUCAAAAUUUGCCUCAUGUCCCUGAUGUGGAGGCUCUCGUGACAACACGUCUCUUUGCUCACGUGAUUGCAGCGCUGGACAAACCGCCACCAGGAGCGAAACUGACUGCGGAUCAGUUGGCGUUGAUCCUCGCAAUGCUCACGAAGGCACCCCAAUCGCUUCUUCAGACGAAAAACGGCAAUGUGAAGACGGCAAUAUGUGCUCUUCUACAAAAUGCAGCGGUGUUACUUGCAGGAGAUCCGGUGGUGCUUGGAAAAGAUGGUGCGUCUGAUGCCACGCGUGGAGUAAUGCGUCUGCUAGCGCAGCUGCUCCUUUUUGAGUCCAUCUCCUCUUCACACACGCGAGACCUUGUGGCGACGGUCAUGACGCUCAUGCUUUCUGACGGUAGCGGGAAAGAUAUUCAGACCUCUGUCGUUGCGGUGGAAGUGGGGCGCAAUACACUUGCUCACACGUUGCGAGCAUUAAAAGCGGGGCCGGAGCCGCAUUGCCGGGAGGCGGCCAUAAAACUUUUGCAUUGCUUGGACGACGCGGAAUUGCAAUGA